AUGUUUUCCAGAGAAAGUGACAACGUGUCAAUCCCCUCGGAAUUUAUUAUUUCCCUGGCCAAAACACAUGGGUUUAUGCAAUCUGGCAAAGUAGACUUGCAGACCGUAUCGGCUAGGAUUAUCGCAGAUACAGUAGAAUUUAGGAUUAAACAGAUCAUACAAGAGGCUUCAAAGUUCAUGUAUCGCAAUGCAAGGACCACUAAUCAUAUGGCCCUGACUAGUGAUGACAUCAGAUGUGCCCUGAAAUCACUCAAAAUGCAGGAUCUUCCUGGUUAUUCUGAUCUGUGCAAUCACAGAUACGUUUGUGCCGAUAAACUCUACAUGGGAAAUAGGGUAAUCAAACGCGAAUCCAAAUUGAAAUCGACUAAGGAUAAUUGGGGCCGUUGUAAAUUAUCCGAUAUAGUUUACAAUGAUAUGGGUACUUUGGCAUCGCCAGUUCCAAGUUUGAGUGUUCAUUGGUUGUCUGUUAAGGGGACUUUACCUUUAGUUUCAUCACAUUUUGGUGUUGAUGUUACAGAUAAGCUAUCUAGGAGAGCAGAGGAGGCAGUUGCGUUGAUAGGUGAUAGUUCUAAGAUGAGGAAGAAUGAAAAUAUCGAAAAUUUCUCCUUAACUAACAAUCUAUUGCUGAAAACAAGAAACAAUAACAUUAUUACUAGACUAUCCAAUGCCUUUACUGACUCAAUGAAUAACUCCAUAGCACGAGCCACAAACACAGCCAACGAACCCACAACAUAUAUACCAAGAGUUGAACAUGUUCUGGAAAAGGAACACCAUUUUUUCCUAAAUUGUGUGAAAAAUGCUAUAACGCGAGCCAUAGAUUUGGGCGUCAUCCAUACAUCACAAUACAAGCAAUUGGACAAAGUGUUACACAUAUUGUCAACAUCUCUGGCGUUGGAUCAGCUUAUGCCAGAACUUAGCUAUUUUUUUGCCACGCAAAUGGACAUUCACAUGAAAAAUUCACUCCCACACGCUGUUUCUAUCAUGUUAUCAUUUGCAUACGCUCUAAUAUCCAACCCACAUGCCCACAUUCACUUUCAUAUACAUCAGUUGCUAAUACCUAUAAUACAAGUUGCGAUUGGAAAGUGCGAAUUUCCCAUAGUAUUAAUUUAUCAAAUACUAAGAUUGCGUAAGAAGGCGGCUAAUCUUGUUGGCAAAAUUGCAUUUGUACUACGAAGUUCAAGAAAUGGAUUGGAGUUUAUUGAUUCCCAGCUCAUUCUACUUCUCAAACAAGCGUUAUCAGCAGAUGAAAUAUCAAUUUUCACCUUGUACGGUUCAAUAGCAUGUCUUUCAAAUAUGUCUCCAAUAUCCAGGUCAUUGCUGCUAUACCCAAAUUUUAAUUCAAUAUUAUCUACCCUAAUUUACCUAUCAAUAAGCACCAGACAUUCGCUCGAUAUUGACAAUAUUCCGACACAGCAUUUUCAACACUCAUACGAUGAGCAUAAUAAUAUUCAUCAUACACUUUGUAAGAAAGAUAAUUUUCAAUUGAUCCAAACGAAAAACACAAUUUACAAUGAAACAAUUCAACUACUAUUGGGUACAAUGUACUAUUCGCUAGAAAAUGACUUUCUAAACAUGCCUGACCUUUUCUUUUCAAGUAGCAAUUCAGGCUAUUCUCCCCCCUUCUACCAACCAAACAUAAAGCAACUAUUGGAAAUAUUGAGUACCUUUAAAUUGUUUAUGAAUGGGCUAUUAUAUGAUCUAUUUACUCCAUUCCUCUCGGCUAUUUUGAGAAAAUUCAUUCACUACUUCAGAAAUCAUUCACUGGGAUCGUUAAAAAUGGUGUACCAUACAAAGUACGAGAAAUUGGAUUUGGCCACGGGUCAUCUCAUCGAAUUGACCCUAUAG